AUGGCAUCAACUCUGCAUCCUCUGUGUGAGGGUCCUGCAAUAGUCUAUCACCACCCGCGAAUUCGCUCAGCACAAUUGGACCUUUGAAUACAUCAACGACAAUACAUGCCACAACAUCAACAUGUCAGAUUCAAAACCAUCAUGGAAAGCGGAAGAGGAGGAGGAAGAGGAGGAUUACGAUGAGACAAACUACGUAUCUCAAAAAGAUGCCGUACUCUUCGCUAUCGACGUCAGCUCCUCCAUGCUUGCACCCCCUCCUCUGUCCGAAGACAAGAAGGCCGGAACAGACAGCCCAACACUCGCAGCUAUCAAGUGCGCAUACGAGAUCAUGACACAACGUAUCAUAUCCAGUCCAAAAGACAUGAUGGGCGUUCUGCUGUUUGGUACGGAGAAGUCCAAGUUCCAGGACGAGGAUACAAGCAGCCGUGGAUCAAUCGCGUACCCUCACUGCUACUUGCUCUGUGAUCUGGGCAUUCCAUCCGCCAAAGACGUGAAGGAAUUGAAAAAUAUUGUGGCAGAUUCCGAGGAUGCGAAGGAAUUGCUUGUUCCUUCCGAGGAGCCAGCGUCAAUGUCGAAUAUGCUGUUCUGCGCCAACCAGAUAUUUACAACUCGUGCACCCACUUUUGGCUCUAGACGCCUUUUUAUCAUUACCGACAGAGAUGAUCCUCAUUCUACAGACAAGGCGGCAAGAUCGCAGGCUACAGUGAGAGCGAAGGAUUUGUAUGAUCUGGGUGUCAUUAUUGAUCUCUUCCCCAUCUCACAUCCUGAUCAUGAAUUCGAUCGAUCUAAGUUUUACGAUGAUGUAAUCUAUCGGGACCCAGCGGAAGGAGGGGAUCUUGCUGUGGUAUCGACGAACUUGAAGUCCUCUGGAGAGGGUAUCUCUCUUCUCCAAAACCUCAUAUCGGACAUCAACUCAAAACAGGUUGCGAAAAGAACAUUGUUCUCAAACCUGCCAUUUGAAAUUGGCCCUAAUCUUACCAUCUCAGUUAAAGGCUACAAUCUCCUCCAAAAGCAAGAACCCGCCAGAUCCUGCUUUAUCUACGAAGGUGGUGAAGAACUUCAAAUUGCUGAGGGUCGCACUACCAAAUUAUCAGCCGAGACUACGGACGAGGUGCAAAAGACAGAGAUCAAGAGGGCAUACAAAUUUGGAGGUAGCCAGGUGGUGUUUACCGUUGAGCAGCAGAAGAAGCUGAAGCAAUGGGAAUCUCCGGUACUCAGAAUCAUUGGUUUCAAGCCCCAGUCCAUGCUUCCGGACUGGGCAUCGGUGAAGAAAGCAACCUUCAUCUACCCAAGCGAGGAUGGCUACAUUGGAUCUACUCGAACCUUUGCGGCUCUAUGGCAGAAACUUCUGAAGGACAAACUCAUGGGUAUAGCUUGGUUCAUAGCUCGAGCCAACGCCUCUCCUCUCAUUGUUGCCAUCUUACCUUCGGCAGAAAGAUUCGACGAUGUUACAGGCGCCCAAGUCAUUCCUCCUGGACUCUGGCUGUAUCCUAUUCCAUUUGCUGAUGACAUUCGCGAACCUCCCCCGGUGCCAAAGCCACUUGUAGCUGGCGCGGAGUUGAUUGAUCUCAUGCGUAUGAUCAUUCGACAGCUGCAACUUCCAAAGGCUAUCUACGACCCAACCAAAUACAGCAAUCCUGCUCUUCAGUGGCACUACAAAGUCCUGCAGGCCAUGGCACUUGAAGAGGAGCUUCCAGAACCGAGUGAAGACAAAACGAUUCCCAAAUACCGCCAAAUCAACAAGCGAGCCGGCGAGUACAUCCAGAAUUGGGGCAAGGUUCUGGAAGAGCAAUCCCGUGCAUACACAAGAGCGCAAUACGGCGAUAACGAUGGUGCGAAGCUGAAGCGAGGCAGCGAUGCAGAGGAAGGACCUCAGAAACGGAUCAAGACGGAGAAGAAGGGGUUAGAGGGCAUGAGCCAUGGUGAUCUGAAGAAGCUUGUGGCGAAUGGCAGUCUUGCAAAACAUACAGUUCCUGAGUUGAAAGAUUGGUUGACGUCAAAAGGAUUGACUUCAUCUGGUAAGAAGGGAGAUCUGGUUGAGAGGAUUGAGCAAUGGGUUGAGGAGAAUUGAGGUCAUGUUUGGCUCUUUGGGAUGUAGGAUUACGGAUGGGAUUGUAAAAUCUGGGAUGGGUCUGGCUUGUAUGGUGCAUGUUUGCGAUAGGACAAGGAGUUUCUAACAAUACGAAUAGAUUUACAGUCAAAGAUGCAAGCAAGCGGCUCAAUGUCGUAAAUUCUCCACGUGAUGUAUAUCCAACGCAUAAUAUCGCCCCCAGGAGCAAGGUUUCAACCUGAUACCCGGGACACAACACAUCACACCACACCACAUAAACUCUCAGCCACGCAAACGUACGUGCGCUUCGAGGUAAAGCACCAAGGUAUUCCCGGCUGGGUUUUUUCCCCGGCUGCAACAGCAGAACGACACUUCGUCUAAAGUUGAAGAUGGAGAUGCGAUAGGUUCGCAGCUAGAUGGAAGUUUGAAGGGAUGAAAAGUCUACGAGGGAUAGGCUGGUCUAGUGAGCAAGAAGUGCGAUCUGCCUUGGCUGAAUUAGGAUCGGCGGGUAUGAUGGUGGAUGGAGGGGGUGGAUGAUCGAAGGAUGGAUGGAUAGAGGCUGAGUUUCUUUGGACGAGUGAGACAGUUAGAACAGCACGGCGAUUGUGGUAUGGUUGGUCGACGAUAUAUGAGAGAUCGCGGAGGGCUUUUAUCCAAGAUGAGGAUUAUCAAGGAGCUUGAUAUUUGGUGAAGAGGGGAGGGGAGGAAGAGAGGGGAGGCGAGAUGAGUUUGCCAAGGGAAGAAAGGAAUGUAACUUAUGUCCUUGGUUGAGAUCUUCGAGUUGCGAAGAGCUUACCAAACGCAGUUUCAUAUGCCAUGCAUGCCAUCUCAAAGCGAGUUCAAGCAGUGGCAGCGACUCGUCUGAAGGACAGAACGAACGCAAUAAUGAUAUGCAGUGAUGCGCGCCUUCCGUAAUGUUACAGACUGGGAUACCCAUUCGCAAUGUGGUGUUGCUGCUUUGUUGUCGGUCGUAGGAUUCCUGCGCCACUCUACUGCUGCUGAAUUGAAGCAUGCUUACCUACCUUAGUCCUUUGAAGGACAACUAGAAUUCCGUAGCUAGAAGAAAGUCAACAAUGGCUGAAUGGUACACUCGGUACAGCAGAUUAGGAAAUAGAAAACUAAGAAGAAACCCGCCGACGCAACAGAUCAACAAUUCCCAA